UCUCUCUCUCUUUGAUCCUGCGUGUCUUACCGACGCCUGUCCCGGACCCGCGCGCGCAUCACCGGAGCCAAGCGGAAGAAAAACUCUGAAUCGGUCGUGAUAUCCUCAAUCAGGAAAUACCAUUCAAACUCGCCAUAGCAGCUGCUUUGCGGAGCCGCUGUCUCCGUUAAACCGAUUUUUACCGAGUAGAAAACUUUUUUUUGUUUGGGGAGGAGAGAUGCGGUUGGUAAACAGUCUGGCCGAACCGUGAAUCCUCUAACGGAGCAUUAAAAACCAGCGGAGAGAACCGGAGAAGCGAGAGACGUCCAUCAUCACGGUGCGCUGUUUCUGACCGACGGAGUCCGCAGCGGCGACUGAACAUGCUGGAGUGGGUGAGUGAAGUCUUCUGGCAGGAGCGUCUGUGGUUCCCCGAGGGUUUGGGAUGGGCUGAUCUGGAGGACCGUGAUGGCCGGGUCUAUGCGAAGGCACGGGAUUUGUGGGUGGCACUGCCAAUCGCCGUCCUGUUUCUAGUAAUUCGACAGGUCUUUGAGAGAUAUGUUGCGACACCACUAGCCUCUCUGCUGGGCUUGAAGGAAACAGCCAGACGGCGAAUUACACAAAACCUCACACUGGAGUCCUACUAUUGCAACACAACUAAAAACCCCACACAGAGUUCAGUAGAGAAACUGUGCCAGCAGACGGGAUGGACAGAGCGACAGGUCCAGCGCUGGUUCAGACGGCGCAGGAAUCAAGACAGACCCAACCUUCUCAAGAAGUUUCGUGAGGCCAGCUGGAGAUUCGCCUUUUAUCUUCUUGCCUUCAUCGGUGGUCUUGUGGCACUAAUAGAUAAACCCUGGUUGUAUGAUCUGGAGGAGAUGUGGAAAGGCUUCCCCACUCUGACACUCCUGCCGUCUCAGUACUGGUACUACAUGCUGGAGCUGGGUUUCUACACCUCUCUUCUCUUCAGUGUGGCAUCUGAUGUCAAACGCAAAGACUUCAAAGAGCAGAUCAUUCAUCACGUGGCCACCAUCAUGUUGAUCAGCUUCUCCUGGUGUGUUAAUUACAUCAGAGCGGGAACGCUCAUCAUGUUCAUGCAUGAUUCUGCCGACUAUCUGCUCGAGUCAGCUAAGAUGUUUAACUACGCCAGAUGGAAGAACGCAUGCAACUACAUCUUCAUCCUGUUUGCUGCGAUCUUCAUCGUCACACGCCUCAUCAUCUUCCCUUUCCGGAUCAUGUAUUGUACAUGGGUGUAUCCCGUGACCCUGUACCCUCCGUUCUUCGGAUAUUACUUCUUUAACGGGCUGCUGAUGGUUUUGCUGUGUCUGCACAUCUUCUGGGCCGCGCUGAUCAUACGCUUGGCCUUCCGCUUCUUGAGCAGUAACUCGUCGGUAGAAGACGAGAGGUCCGAUCGAGAGGAGACGGACGAGUCAGAGGAAGAAGAACAAAUGAAAAAUGGAGAGAUAAUGAAAAACGGACCAGCUCAGAACGGCCACGCUGCAUAUAACAACAACCACUCUAAAAAAACAGAGUGACGUCUUGAGAGGACAGGAUGGAGAAAUGUUCAGAAACCUAGAGAUUCUUCCUCUGCUGAAGCAGAACAGAGCCGGGUGAAGAACAGAGGAUCGAUUGCUGUCUACACUACAGACAAACACACACGAACACACAGUCAUCACACGAACACAGGCACAGCGUGCCAAAACGAACAGGGAGCAGUGCUGCCUCUAUUGACAUAUGCUUACAGGAGCAGAUCACCUAAAAGUCAACAUCAUUUACUGAUGCUGUUCCAAAUUUCUAGCAGUUAUUUAUAGCAGAAUGUCCAAGCCGCUCUUCCCAUACAGUGUAAAUCAAUGGUGACCAUGGCAUCAAGCAAGAUUUUCAGUCUGUUCCUCACAGAGAUCUGUUGAAACAAGUCUCAUAUGGACUGCUUUUAUGCUGCGUUUGUGCUUCCUAGAGCUGGAAGUCCUACGGAAGACAGCUGUGGAAGCCCAUGGAAUACAACAAAAAUCAAUAAUUGUGCAAUUCAGACUUUUUUGAUGUCAAAAAUGUCAGAAUUGUGAGAUAUAAUCACCAAAUUCCAAGACAGAAACUCAGACUUUAUUUCUUUUUUUUACUCCAAGUUUACAUAUCGCAAUUGUGUGUGGGGGGUGAGUUUAUAUCUCACAAAGAAAACAAACAGUUGUGAGAUGUCCAACUUGUGAGAUGUAAACUUGGAAUUGAUGAGAAAAGUCAGAAUUCUGAGACAAAAAGUUUAUUUCUAUAUUCUGUGGCAGACUUCCAGAGAGAGCAUAGAUCAGAUAUAAUACUAAACCUGUUCUUAUAAAAAUAAAAAAAAAGAGUCUGAGUAAAUGAUGAGAGAAUUAUUUAGGUGACUUGUGCCUUUAACAGUGCCUUCCUUUGCUAUUGUUUGCUCUUUUUCAUGCCUUGUUUUUAGUUUUUAAUUUAAAAAAAACUGCAGGUUACUGCAUCUUUUUCCACAGUAUAACCAUCCAUCUUAUAACACAUCAUUUUGCGACUGAAUACUGAACACAUCUGAAUACCAAGUGGACCAAUUUGGGCAAAAAAAAAGUUAAUUGUCUAUUGUCAAUAGCGUAGCGAUGUCUGCAGAACAGAUUUCUGAUUACGCAGCGGGUUCCAGAUGGUCAAGCUCAUCCGCUGCAUUGACCUGUUGCGUAAUCUGCACGAGGAAAUCCUUCACUUAUUGAAUUCAUAUAGAAAUGACUGGAUUUUGCCCACAAAAAUGCUUCGGGAAUGCAUUUUCACUCAUAGGAAUAAAAAAAUCAUGCCGGAUGCCUGUAAAUAACGCAUUAUGCAACGGCAUUGGCUACCAAAAAUGUUCUGUAUAAACCCAAAACCAAAAAUGACUGAGUGCACCUUUAAAUAUGGCCAAAUGUUACUAAGUUUCUAACAUAGUGUGUAAACCAUGCAAUUCACAGCCAGUUCUUUUGAUGAGAAAACCACUGCCGUUCAGUGAUAUUAAACCCAUAUUUACUCUGAAGUUCCUAACACGUAUUGGCCAGUUGUCGCUCGUUCAUUUUCACACAGAUUCUGAAUAUUCACAAGCUGCCAGCCAAAGAUAGAAGCAAUAUGUGAGUUUGUGUUGAUGCAGUUUGAGUGGUUUGCUGCUGAAAACGUCUUGUUUUCUUAUGUCUGGAGCUGCCGAGAUGAAUCAGGAUCUGCUCGUUUCUCUGUGGUCAGCGGCCAGUUUCAUGUACAGAUUCAGUCCCACAGCUCUGACUAACCUGCUUCAUCUCAUUCAUCUCUUUCACAUCGCGUCUCUGUGUCCUGCUCCGAUUUCAUGAUUCCUCCCAUCGUCCUUGUCAACUUCCCAUCGUUCUCUUCUGGGCUUUGUUUCAGAUGCAGUCGAGUCGAUUACAGUGUUAUCUUUAUUUUGUAUUUUCCUGUGUUUUGUAAUAUGAUGAUAUUAUGGAGGAUGUUAACAAUAAAAUACUGAAUGUAAGUCA